AUGGCCGGGCCCUAUGCCGUGGACCGCACCCAGCUGCCCCGACGGGGCGCUGCAAGCCAAACCCCCCGACGCCCGGCCUCGGCGGGACUGGCCGUGCCGGUCUUGGAGAAGGAGAAGCGGGUGCCAGAGACCAGCUUUAAGCUGCCCGUGCCGAAGGAGGUGGACGUGGAUCCGGAGCUACCAGAGGUGGAGGUAGAGGAGCCGCCAGUCCCUGCCGAGGCCGAAGAGGCCGCUGAAGAGGCGAUCGACGCGAUGGAGCCGGAAGAGGCCCAGGUGCAGACGGUGCAGACGGCGCCGGAGGUUUCGGCACCGGCGAGCCGGCUGCCCAAGCCCACAGAGGUUUCGGCAGAGACGGAGGCGAACGGCUCGCGAGCAGGCGCCGCGUCCCAGCCCCGCGCCGGCCUCAAGCAGCGGCCAUCCGACAAAGCCCAGCGAGCGCCUGCGCGGCAACGCACCCCCCAGCGGACGGGCGCGCCCGGCGCGCCACUCGACCGGUACCGCCUGCAGGCCGCGCGGUUCGGCAGCCCGCGCCCGGAGAUGCGGGAUGUGGCCAGCAGCCCCGUGUCCAACGCUUCGGGCCUGGAGGUGAACUCCUCGGAGUCGCUGAACGCGCUGCUGCGGGAGCUGGGGAACCUCCGGGAAGACUUCAUCGUGGCCAAGCUGGAGAGCGAGCGCGCGAGGGAGCGGGUCUUGCAGCUGGAGGAGGAGAACUGGGACUUGAAGAGGCAGCUUCAAGAGGCGGAGAGCGCCAAACGCCAGCUGCAGCACGAGAAGCAGGACCUGGAGCAUGCGAGCCUGCUGUGGCGGCAGCGGUGGGAGGACAGCCAGCAGCAGGCUGAGCAGUGCUGGUCCCGCUUCGACGCGAUGCAGAAGCUGCUGGAGAAGGAAAAGAACCACAAGGAGGACAAAGCGCCAGAGGUGAAGAAAGGGACGGAGAGCUUCGCUCCACCUGUGAGCAGUGAGGAGACCCUGCCUGAAACGGAGUCUUCAGCUCCGACCGCAAAAGAGGAGGUCAAACCCCGGAUGCAGCCGCCGGAGUCGCUCGUGCCACUAAGCGCCUUUCAAGUGGAUCUGGCUUCGCCCGCCCACCUCCAGAAGGAUCCGGAAAAGCGGCGUCCGGCGGCCUCCGUCAGCGCUCCACAGAUCACGCCGGUCGAGUUGGAGAACCGCGCCCGGGCCCAGAGCGACUGGCCCCGCGCCCAGGCGAUGAGCCAGCACAACCUGACCGCGGCAACCCCGCCCACACCUCGGGUCAACGUGAGCGGCUUCAGCGGCUACGUGACUGCCUCGCCCAGAGGCAUCCCCAGUCCAGCCCCGCCGGCGCCGGCGCGGCUCCUCAGCGCGCCGCUCUACGCGGGGACGCCGGUGAUGUCGCCCAGACAGGCCAUGCCCCCGCAGGCCUUCACCGCGAUCAACAGGCGCUCCACGCAGCCGGUGGUUCCCAGCGUGGGAUCAUUGACUUCUCAAGCCGUAGCCGUCCACAGCCUGCCAAGCAGCAUGGUGCUGAGUCCGCGCGUGCGAGCAGCAACGCAGGCCUGA